AUGGCCGCCCUCCAAGAAGCCCUCGAAUGCCUCGCCCCAAUAACCUGGGACGACGUGCCCACCGACCCCUCCGCCCUUCGCGCCUACAUCAACGACCUCUCCACCAAAGCCCACCUCGUCGUCAACUCCGUCCCAGAACCUCCUCCAUCAACCACCGCCACUCCCAUCCACAACGUCAAACCCUCCCCCGCCAGACUCAACACCUCAGACCCAACCCUCCAAUCCCUCCAACAACAAUGGAGCAAACCCAUCAAGGUCUCCAGCACAAGAGACAACCCCCUCGACCUCCACAUCCACAAACUCCCCGGCAACGACGGCAAAGGCCACUGGUUCGGUCGUCGCAGCGUCCACGAGGGCCUCCCAUUCUCCACAUGGCAGGCGAAGCUGUCGAGCGAGAUGGCCGAGACGCUGAAGGCGAACCGCGAGCGCAUGAAGCACGGCCAGACGCCCGACCAGUCGGUCCGCGGCAUCGGGGCCGAGAAGCAGGUCGAGACUAUUGAGGUAAAGGAUGAGAGUGGGGGGAAGGUGUUGGCCCAUGUAACUGUUUUUCAUGUUUCGGCGCAGUUUCCGAAGCCGACGACGCCGAGGGAUUUUGUUACGAUGAUUGUUAGUUGGGAGGUCGGAGUUGAGGAAGGGGGACGUUUUUGGAUGAUGAUUUCGAAACCCGUGGAGCAUGCUGAUACGCCGCCUUGUCAGGGAUAUAUUCGGGGGCAGUAUGAGUCUGUGGAGUUUAUUAGGGAGAUUCCGGUUACGAGGGGAAGUGGUGGUGAUGGCCAGGGGUCUGGUAAUGGGGAGACGGGGGCGGCUUUGAAAGAGAAGCAGGGUGGUGAUGUUAAGGUGGGCGAGGGGCCUGAGGAGACCAACCCUGUCGAGUGGAUUAUGGUGACGAGAAGUGACCCUGGAGGUAACAUACCUCGGUGGAUGGUUGAGAAGGGUACUCCGAAGAGUAUCUGUUCGGAUGCGGUCAAGUUUCUGGAUUGGGCUUGUCGCGAUCCUAACGCGUCCGCCGAGCAAGGUAUGGACGAUGGUCGCAUGAGAAGGAGAAACAGCCUACAUACGGCUGGCGUGCAGGAAACUGAAGAUAGUGAGAUCAGCGAUUCUGAAAUUUCGGAUACCGAGGUGGAGCAUCAUGGUCUCAUUGCCAGCUUUGCCUAUCUACUCAACGCUGGAUUGGAACGAUACGCCCCCCAGGCUGUGCUGGACUAUAUACCCGGCCACUCACGCCAUUCAUCAGGAGACAUGUCUGAUGUGACUAAAGAGGACAGAGAGAGAGCGCCCCGAUCCAGUGGGGAUCCCGCUCCACAAAGGGAUGCAAUGGAAAAAGAUAAGGAUGAUGCAAAGUCCCAGCUUUCGCAGGACAAAGCGUCCUCGAUAAACUCCGGCCUCGCCACCCCAAUCGAAUCUGGACACCUCAAUAUCUCCGCUGCGGAGUUGGUGAAGAUAGAGAAGAAGGACGGCAAGCUAACCUCGCAUGAGAAACAGCUUGCUAAGCUAGCUCAACGUAAACGUGAAGUCGAGACUCACCUGGACCGAGUACGAGAAGACAUCAGAUCCCUCCAUCUACCAUCCCGCGAGGAAGGGUCCAAGAGAGACAAAGCAUCUGCAGCUGCAUUGGCGGCCGCCGACGCUAGCAGUGACAGCAGCAACCAGCGCCAAUCGUCAGAACUCCGCUCGUCGAGCAGUCCUAACUUGGCUCAUCUUCCAAGCAGUCGCGACACAGCGAAGAUGCACAAGGUCGCUUCGGGCUUAUUCAACGAGGAAACCAAGCUCCUCAAGCAGCUGGGGAAGAUCGAGAGGCAUCAGCUCAAGGAGGCAUCAAAGAUUGAGUCUAAACAGCGCAAGCAAGCAGACCAUGAAGAAAAAACGAAGUCUCGAACGGAGAAUGAGAUCUUGCGCCACGAGAACGACCAUCUGAGGAAAGAACUGGAGCGGCUUAGGAAUGAGCGACGACAAUGGCUCGAGCUGAUCGCGUCCUUGCAAACUGAGAACACCCACUUGGCGGCGGCAGCUGGAAAAACGGAAAAGUGA